AUGGCCAAACUUUCCAAGGAGAACCUGCUGCUCUUGUUCACGGUGCUUGGUGUUGCGAUCGGUAUAGGAUUGGGCUACUCGUUGCGAGACCCGAACCAAGCUUGGUCAAAGCGACAUCUCUCUUACCUUCGAUUUCCCGGCGAUCUGUUUGUUCAGAUGCUAAAAAUGCUCAUUUUGCCGAUGAUCAUGUCAAGUAUUAUUACGAGUUUGGCUUCACUGGAUUCUGGAACUGCCGGUAGAUUGGGAAUAGUAUCUAUGACCUACUACACUUUGACUACUUUUUCUGCUGUCUUUCUCGGAAUUGUACUGGUUACUUUAAUCAAACCUGGAAAAUGGACGACGACGAACGUUGAGGAUCUUGUAGGGCAUGUGAAAACCACACCAUGCGUUGCUACCGCUGUGGAUACCGUCAUCGAUCUCAUGAAGAGUUGCUUCCCAGAAAAUCUUAUUGAAGCCACUUUCCGUUCUCAAAAAGUAUGUCUGAAGUUCUUCAACGGUACUACCGAAAUCCCACCGGAAAUUGCUAUGACCAUGUCACCAGAACAACGUGCUCAGUUUACUGAAGUUCCAGAAAAGAUUGUGUCUGACGGUAUGAAUAUUCUCGGUUUGGUCGUUUUCAGUGUUGCACUCGGAAUUGUGAUUGGAAUCAUUGGAGAGGACGGAAAACCAAUGAAGAACUUCUUCAAGAGCCUUGAAGCUUGCAGUAUGAAGUUGAUCGGCUGGGUUAUCAUGUACUCACCAAUUGGAAUCACUUUCCUUAUCGCUGCUCAAAUCGUUGGAAUGAAAGAUCCAGGACAGGAAUUGCAUCGUUUGAUGGGUUACGUCAUCACUGUUAUUCUUGGACUUCUUAUCCACGCCUUCGUUAUCAUCCCCCUUCUGUGUGUUGUUCUUGCUCGUCGUAAUCCAAUCAAGUUCGUUGGAGGUAUGGCUCAAGCUCUUCUCACUGCUUUGGCUACCAGUUCCAGCUCUGCCACUCUUCCACUUUCCAUCAAGUGCUGUGAAGAAAACAACAAGGUCGACCCAAGAGUUACCCGUUUUGUUUUGCCACUCGGAGCUACUAUUAACAUGGAUGGAACUGCCCUUUAUGAAGCCGUCGCUGCCAUUUACAUCUCUCAAUGCGUCGGAAACGAUUUGAAUCUUGGAGAGGUCAUUCUUGUGUCUUUGACAGCCACCCUUGCCAGUAUUGGAGCCGCCGGAAUCCCUCAAGCCGGAAUCGUCACCAUGAUCAUGGUCCUUAUCGCUAUUGGAUUGCCAACCAACUUGUUCAUCCUCAUCUUCCCAGUUGACUUCAUGCUCGACAGACUCCGCACCACCGUCAAUGUUCAUGGAGAUAGUAUUGCAACUGCCGUUAUUGAGAGACUCUGCGAGGAUCAAUUGCAAAAAGGAGGACAUCAUCAUGAUACCAAUGACCAAGGCUACAGCAUGCUCUCAACCAACGCUUCCCCGGACCCAAAACGAAUCACCAUUGGAAAUAACUGCGAGAACUCUCAUAUGUUGUAA